AUGGCCGACGAAGAUGGAAUUGAAGCUUUCGUGAAUAGUAGAAACUACCCACGCACAGAUGAUAAAGAUGACAAUAGACGCAGAUCUAGCAGAGAUGGUGACCGACAUCGUGGUCAGCGUGACAGUGAUCGCUCUAGAAAUGACAGUGACAAACAUAAACGAAGGCGAUCAAGGUCUCGUUCAGGGUCACGCGAAAGAACUUCAAGUCGAAGUGGGCGAGAAAGAAGUCGAAGAGAAGAAAGGCGUCGGAGUGAUGACGACGAGGAUGAAGGUGCUUAUGGAAGCAGUCAGAAGGGUGAAAGUGGAGACUACGAAGAAGAAAAGUUUCAAGUAAGAAGAGAUAGAAGGGAUGAUGACCGCCCAAAUGGUGACAGAAUUACUGGGCAUGAUUGGCGGUGUAAAUUAACGUCUAUCAGAGAUGCCCACUUCAACAGAAACAAACAGGCACCGGUUUUAGUAAAGAAUCAGUUUAAAAACGACGGCAGCUUUUUAGAGAUGUUCAAGAAAAGGAUGGCAGAGCAAGCAGCUAAAGGAGAGGAUAAACAAUCAGUGACUCCAAACUCAUUGGUACUUGCGUCAUCUUCGAUUCCAUUCAGCGCACAUUUGUCUUUGCCGCCGCUGACACUAGUUCCAGCUUCAUCUACUGAUGUAUCCCAAACUUCAGGGGGAAUAGAUCCAGAUGAGGAUGUAGAUGGUGUACCUAUGCCUACUCAUAAACCUUUGCCAGUGCCAGUAUCUGUGGGUAAACGCAGGCUUGCGAAGCCCCUUAAGACCGGCAUUGUCGCCAAGAAACCACAGGAGCCUGAGGAGGAUGAAGCCAGUCAGGAAAAGCUGGACGCUCUGUCACGCUACCUGCAGGAGGUCCAGAAAUAUAAAGCUGCCAAUUGUGUCGAUGAGGACAACAGCAGACCGCUGGUGAAAUAA